AGACGAAUCUCUCAAAUUUGUUUACCAACUCUCGAAGAGCGGCUGAAGCUGAAUCAUGUCAGUUACGCUGCACACAAAUCUUGGCGACAUCAAGUGCGAGAUAUUCUGCGACGAAGUCGCCAAAACAGCAGAGAACUUUUUGGCACUGUGUGCUAGUGGUUAUUAUGAUGGGACUAUUUUUCACAGAAAUAUCAAAGGUUUCAUGAUUCAGGGUGGAGAUCCAACUGGUACAGGCAAAGGGGGUACCAGUAUAUGGGGCAAGAAGUUCAACGAUGAGAUAAGAGAGUCUCUGAAGCACAAUGCAAGGGGGAUGUUAUCAAUGGCCAAUAGUGGACCUAAUACUAAUGGAAGCCAAUUUUUCUUAACUUAUGCAAAGCAGCCACAUCUCAAUGGAUUGUACACUGUGUUUGGAAAAGUGAUCCAUGGGUUUGAAGUUCUGGAUCUGAUGGAGAAGACUCAAACGGGACCUGGUGAUAAACCUCUUGCAGAGAUAAGAAUCAAUCGUGUGACCAUACAUGCUAAUCCAUUGGCUGGCUAAUCAUUCCUCAUCAUGUUUUCGAAUUCCAUUCCAGUGGAUCCUGUUUGUCAAGAUAUUUAGGUGAUUUUAUUUAGGAUAGAUGGUGGAUGCAGGUUAUUCUAUCUAUUUAUGUGUUACAGUCAUUGAAUUCUAAUGAGGAAGUUUUGAAACACAGAAAAUGGUGUUUGGCAUUGUGACCCACAGUAUUAUGUAUAGCAGCAAAAGUUGAUGAAUCUGAAACCUAAUGUGGUUCGGAGUGACAUCUUCAGCAACAGUUUUCUGAUAAAUGCUAUCUGUUGUUCUCCAUCAAUGUUCAUCUUCUUUGAUAGUCUGCCAUGUUGGCCUGCCAACAAGUGUUUGGUUUAGUUGGUACACCAACAAGUGUUUGGUUGAGUUGGUAUUUAUUAAUUUAAAAUUUUUGAUUUGAUAUUAAAUUUAGAAAUUCAAA